AUAAAGCAAUCUAUAAGAGAAUCAUUGCGCCACACAAUUUAUAGAAACCGUAUUGAAGGCCGGAAAUUAAAAAAGUAUUUGAUAAAAAAAUGACGAAACAAUAUGCCCUAACCAAGCCACAAGUAAUGUAAGAAUACAAGACAAUACAUUUGGAUGAGAGAUGGAAAAGUAAUUGAAGUGAAGGUUAGUUAGGUGAAUGUUGUGACGAAACUUAAAAAAACAACGCUUAUAAUGCGUUUGUCCAAAAUUACCCAUCACAUAGGAUUUAAAAAUGGCGCACAAAAGUUCGAACAACAACAGCAAAUUGAACACACAGCGAAAACUCAAGCGACGGCUGGCGGCAAGCGAUUCAGUGGCAGUCAUAGUAUCUACAGCAACAGUAAUUGUGGAAGCGCUCGCGGCAGUGGCAGUGGCAGCGGGAGUGGUGCCAGCGGUGGUGCUGCCACCAACAAUCGCGGCAGCAUCGGAAACGGUAGUUGUGUGUCGUCGUCGACGACCUCAGCUUCAGCAGCAACAUCAACCAAGAAGCGCAAAUCAAAGCCGACAAAGUGUUUUAGUAGCACAGUGUUUCGCUGUUGCAUACCUUGUCGCGGGGGCGGCUCAGCAGCCCCCGCCACAAGUCCGCCCCAUUCGUCCACAUCGCCUGUGGAUGAUGUGAACAACGGCACGACCAUUACCUCAAUUGCAGCUCAGAAGAAGUGCACAAAAGCAGCAUACGAUAAAAAAAGAGACGGUACUGCCAUUAGCGCGCCCCGUGCCGAACUUGAACCUGACGUAGACGCUGAUAUCGACGCCGAAGUAGCCGCCGUAGCAGCAAACGGUAAAAGACAUUCACUUGCCGACACGAUUGCCACAUCGGCAACUACACCCAUAUCAUUGAAGACGCUCAUAAACGAUAGUGAGGAAGAACUUGAGCAUCCACAGUUAAGCGUUGCUGAUAUCGCAGCUGCCACACUUGCCACCGGUAUUGUGGCACGUAAAGCCGAACCGGAAACUUUGAGUGACGCAAGUGUCUCACCGACCGCAGCUAUACAGCAGCUGCCAUUUGUUGGAGCCCGUUUGAACGCCGCACUCGGCACACCAGCAGGCGGCAGCAGCGCGCUUGGUGUAGGCGUGCCGGCAGUGACUACCUUUGCCACUGCCAUUGGCCAAACGACCACCGCAACAACGUUGCAGCAACAACAACAAGUAACGCCGCCACCACCACCCGCCGCACAAUCAGCGCCGCGUGUGUCGCAAUCGCAAACCUCGCCACUACCGCAUAUUAAAGAAGAAGAAGAGUCCGAGCAUAGCAGCAACCGCCAGCAAUACUCACCGCCCGCCGACGCAGAGCAGAGUGCUGUCGGCACAUUAAACACAGUCAGUGAUAGCAGUGAAAGUACACACGCGCCAGCAUCGACAAAUACUUCGGUUUCGGCGCCAACUAGCGGCGGAGCUGGUGGCAGCAGCGCUUUUCAUUGUCAUCAAGAAUUAGUCACACCAAGCGCUUCAACUCCUUCGCCGCGUAUAAAACUCAAAUUUCGUAAGCAACACAAAUCGGGUUGGUCUCGUUCAGUUUUUGCGUCCAGUAGCGCUACCGGUACCAGUGGCGCUGGUGGUGGUGGAAGCAGCGGCGGCGGAGGCGGUGGUAGCAGUAGUGGUGGGGGUGGCGGCAGCGGUAGCGGAGGUGCUACCUCAAACGAGACUCUCGCGUCUAACGGCAGCAACACCAAUACAGCAACCAGCGCUAGCAGCAGCGGACUACAUCGGAUUUCAUUGUCAUCGGUACCCCACGUGUCCAGUUCACAGCUCCUACCAGCCACCAAGAUGCAGGCCGAACAGGGCUCCAUUGGUGAUCUGCAGAAAUACCACAGUAGAUAUUUGAAGAAUCGACGGCACACUCUAGCAAAUGUUCGGUAAGCGUAAAAAAAUAUAGAAACUUGUGUUGUGCAUCGGCGAGGCGACAGUAGGGAUCACAAAAGUAGGUAUUCAUCAUAUCCUACGAAUAUAAUAUAUAAUAUAAAUCUGAAAGUAUGUGAGUGAGUGAGUGAGUAUGUUUCUAAAAUGAUAAAAUGUAGCAAAUAAAUAAUAUAGAACCUAUAUUAAGAUAUGGAAUAUUUUUUUAGAGAGAGAUGAAAUCUGUUUAUAAAGUUAAAAUAAAUUAAAUUAAUUAUUUAAAACAAAUAAAUUACAAUUACAACAAAUUUUUUCGAUAAUAUUUUCGUAGGGGGUUAUUACCUGGUUGAAAGAUUAGAUACAAGUUAAUGAAGAAGUUAAUCGGAGUAUUAAUUUACCUCAAAUUAUUUUGACAGCACUUCAUAAAAUAAAAUUAAAUGAAAAAAGUUUUAGUCUACAAAUUUAUUAAAACACAUUUUUGAAUAGUAACCGAAGGUUUUCACAGUUUUGAACUGGGACUUGAAUAAUGGAUACGUUGUAAUAAAGUAUUCGAUUAACGCGAGCCCAAAUUACAUUGUGCCUCAAAAUGCGUGUAUCAGAUCUUAGUAAACAUAAUAUACAUGUUUUGAUAUGAAAAGACAUUCGAAAAAUUCGUUUGUCAAUACGGAAAAGAUUUCUCUGUUGACUUGGUGUUUUUUUAAUUAAAUUUUAAUAUCUUACUUAGUAACUUUUACGAAGUAAGAAACUUUUAAUUUCGCUGUAGAUUGAUUUAUCAUUUAUUUGUCUGUUUUGCCUUUUCUGUCAGAUUUAUAGUAUUAUUAGAAUAAGGCCUUACCAGCGCAAGUCAAUUCUUUCGCAGAGGUGGUUAAAAGGCCGAUCUGCGAAAAUGGCUAGACAACAAGACUUCUUGUUCUGAUUAUACUGAUCGGCAUAAUACGGCAUUAAUGCUAAGGCAUGUAUGUUCUUGAAAUCAGGUGUAUUUCGUUCCAAUUAUCUUAGGUUAUAGGUUAUGUAGGUAUUAAAUUGUAUCAGAAAUAUCUGCGAACUGGUUUGACAAGUUUGUGUUGUUACUACAUAAUUGUUGGAGAUAAUUGGAGUUGUUGGUAUCUCGGUGCUGUCAAUCAUAAUGUCAGAGAAGCAUAAUUGUCAACUUAGCACUAAAUUAAUUUUUUUUCUGAACUCAAAUGAACAAGUUAAGUAAGUUUUAAGCAGAAAAAAAAAAAAAAAUCUGUCUAGGCCAAAUUGAAAACCUUUACUCUGUGAGCAAUCAAAAAACAAAAAAUCAUAGCUUAAGAAAUGCAACAUCUUCCAAAGUUUAUAAUCCCAAGUCCAUUAACGAAAAAACACAAUCCAAUAAAGGACGGAACAUCAACAAACAAAAAAGAAGUUCGUGUAAGUUUUCAGCUCGAUGAAUACUGUUAAAAUGAAAGUUCGUAACUGUUUGCCUCUUCUUCCAGUAAAUACGUAACUUGACAUAAAAAAUGGAUUAAUGAAACAGAAUUGUUAUUGUGAAAAUUAUAACAAACCAAAUUAGGUAAAUUGUCACAAUGAUAGUAAACACGUUUCUCAAAAAAAAAAAAAAAAAAAA